AUGACGGAGGAAGAGCGGAGGAGCGCAAUCGACGACGGGGAAAGUUGUUUCGAAGAAGACGAGAAGGCCCGUGGCGAUGAUCGAACUACGGGCUCUUUUCUUCAUGCAGUCAUCAACAUGCUUGGAAUGCUCAUUGUAUUUGUGGCAGGCUUGGGACAACUCUCAACUCCCUAUGCAUUGGAAAAUGGAGGGUGGGCUUCAACAUUCCUACUAGUAGGAAUUGGAUCAGUGUGUGCCUACACUUCCUGCCUACUUGGGAAAUGCAUGCACAAAAACCCUAAAUCAAGAGACUACAAAGACAUAGGGCAUGAUGCAUUUGGAUCAAAAGGAAGAAUCAUAGCAACUACUUUCAUCUACCUAGAGAUUUUCAUGGCCCUUGUCUCCUACACCAUCUCACUCCACGACAACCUCGCCAACGUCUUCACCGCCUUCACUCUGAGCUCGGCCCAUCUCUCCGCUUCUCAGCUGUUGGUGCUGAUCGCUGUCCUGGUCGCCCUUCCAAGCUUGUGGCUAAGGGAUCUUUCCUCUAUCUCUUUCCUCUCGAGUGCAGGCAUCCUCCUCUCUCUUCUGAUCUUCACGAGCGUGGCCUACACCGCGGUUUCUGGAGCCAUCCGAGCUCACCGCUACAUUCCAGUUCUGCACCUCAGUAAAAUUCCUGCAAUUUCAGGGCUCUAUAUGUUCAGCUUUGCUGGUCACAUAGUUUUCCCCAAUCUGUACAAUUCCAUGAAUGAUCCUUCCAAAUUCACCAAGGUAUCCAUUGUGAGCUUCUCAAUGGUAACAGUGAUGUACACAGCAUUAGGGUUCAUGGGAGCCAAGAUGUUUGGCCCUCAGGUGAGUUCACAGAUCACUCUCAGCAUGCCUCGCAAUCUUGUCGUCACGAAGAUUGCUCUGUGGGCGACUGUGCUCACGCCCAUGACAAAAUACGCGCUUGAAUUUGCGCCAUUUGCCAUGCAGCUUGAGCAAAGCCUCCCCCCCUCAUUCAAAUCCAGAACGAGGAUGAUCAUACGGGGUACAGUGGGCUCGAUUCUACUGCUCACCAUACUCGUGCUCGCCCUCUCUGUGCCAUACUUCGAGCACGUCCUCAGCCUCACAGGCUCCCUAGUCAGUGUCGGAAUUUGUAUAAUUUUUCCAUGUGCUUUCUACACCAGGAUAUUCUGGAGACAGAUUUCGACGCCUCUGAUGCUGUUUAAUCUGAUGAUCAUAGCAUUUGGUGCGACUUUGGGAGCAUUCGGAACCUUUUCAUCUUCGAGAUCUCUCAUCAUAAGUUUACAGAGAGGGCAUACUUCCUAG